CGAUCGAGUCAGCAAAAGAAAAGAGUGCAAGAAAUAUAUAUAGAUGCCUUUACCAUGUUCUUCAUCUCUCUCCUUGAGAGAGAGAGAGAGGGAGAGGGAUAGACGAUUGAAGGGUACAAGGAGCGAUAAGUAAUGGGAAAAGCUCUGAGAAUCGCAGAGAAUUUGACUGUUCCAUCGUUUCAGGUAAUUGUGAUGAGAGCUAACCUAAGUUGCACACAUUGUCAAGACAGAGUAUCACAAGUUAUUUCGAAAAUGAAUGAGUUGCUAGAGUAUGAAGUAGAUGUGAGAAAUAAACAGGUGAUCCUCAAAGGGGGCAUGGACUCCAAUACUGUGACACUCCUACACCUUCCCAACAAAACCAACAGAAGAAGAAAGUUUCCUCUCUAUGGAUUAUUUGGUCUUACUUGCUUCACUACGUAGCCUCUCGCAUCAUGUUUAUUUCAACAGAAAGAAAUAUGCGAAGUACGGUAAAUAGAGAUUUUCAUUUGUCUCAUAGAUAUACAAUUUUGUGUUACCCCAUUGUCAUCAAUUGCUAUGUAAAAGCUUGUAAAGUUUAUUUUAUUUUAUUUUUAUUUUGUUUAUAAAGAAUUAUUUAAAUUUAAUAAUAGAUUUUAAAAUAUUUUAAAUUUAAUUUUACACAA